UCCUCUUACCACUAACGUACAACGUACGUUUCCGCCGGAGAUUCUAACAUUCUUUCCCGCCGUCAAUGGCGAAUCCCGGUCAACGGGAAGGGUACAACUUGGAGUACCGAUAUAAGGUUGAUGACUCAUGGUACAGUGUACGACUCGUGCUAAAAGGCCAAAGGUUGACUGUGAAGUACGAGGGAUAUCAGGUGGAAGUCGACACGAUUUUCGACGCCGGAGAAUUUAAGUCGAAGGAGGAAGUCGAUGAACUAGUCGGGAGGUUCCGGUGUGUGUCGCCGCAGCUGCAGGAUAGUGAAUGUUGUACUCUCAAGGAAGGUAUGAUUGUCUCUGUUGCCUGUGAUGCUUUCGGUGAGGAUGACAUGCUGUUCUACGACGCUGUUAUUGAAGCGAUACACAAUGUGGACCAUUCAUUUCCCAAUGGAGAGGAGGAGUGUUUAUGCACCUUCAUAAUAUCUUGGCUUCACGGUCCAAAGGAAGGAUGCUUAACCGCUACCAGAAUUGAAGGCAUGUGUACCAUAAAAGGUGUUGCUCAAGUUGAUCCUAAAAUAGCUUCCUUCUUGAAACUGGUGAACCAGAAUCUUGGAAAAUCCUCUUCCAUGUUAACUUCUGCUUCGAAGAAUGACAGUCCAGCAUCUAAAGUAUCAUUUUGUGAAAGAACAGGCAGUAAUUUGUCUAUUAAUUCAUCCUUUGAGGGAAUUAAUAGUGCCAAGAGUAUCGUUGGUGUGACAUCAGGAGCAACAGACAGUAAGUAUAGCAGGGAUUGGGAACAAGACAAAGAUCUUGGAAGGCUAUACCCAAGUUCCCAUCUCAUGCUUAUUGAAAACUUGGAGAGAAACUUAUUACCAUCAUCAUUCAGGGAUUUUAUACAUGAAAAUACUUCUGUUUCAUCAGAAGUAUACAUUUUACCAAGUCUAUCUAUGCCAUAUGCGAGAAGUAUUAUUGUGGUUGAUUGUGAAGCGAAGCUUCAGCAGAUACACCAGUUUUUGGAGAAUCCGGCCCACCUUGUUGUGUCCUCAACUGGAAGGCCAUUGGUUAUAACUGAAAGAGAUUCAAGGCAGGACAUAAUUAAGAUGUGGUCUUGGAGCUUGGGCUACGGACCUCAGGAUAUGCAUCUAGGAUCAAUAAGUACGGACAAAGAUCUGAUGGUGGUACAUUCAGGAACAGAAACAUACAAAAGAGCAAAGCAAUUAAAAGAUUUGUUUCUAGAGUUCACGACUCAUCUAAAGCAACUUUAUCAGAAGUUCUCUGUGGAAGAGAUGAUGAUUUUGCAGACACAGCAACAGUUCAACCAGUCUUUUAUUCAUAGAGCUAUGUGUGAGCCCUAGUAUGUAGUGGUAUAUUGCUCGUGUAUAUUUUGGCCAUUGCAACACGUACGUUCUUGACAGAGAAGUUGUUGUUUUUCUAUAACAUUAGAAGAUUUAGGCUUUAUAUAUUUUAUAUUUGUCAAAGUUGGAGUUCACUUCUUGUUCACUGAGCCUCUAAGAAAAUGCCUUUUAAGCGA